UAAAUCUCCAUGGCCCAUAUUUCAUAAAACUGGAAGCACUUUUUAACACUUCAGUGAGUAUUGUACCAGCCAACAAUUGAGGUGUGCAUUAUUGUCACUGGUGCCAGCCCGGCCCCACUCAACAUUUGCUUAGCAAGAUUUUCAAGCUAAUUUCUGCUAAACAUGAAACGGCCUUAUGAAAUGGGGCCCCGGUGGUGGCGCCUUGGGACUGGUAGAAAGGCAGACUUGGCAAUUUAAUUAUCUACAUUCAAUGUCAUUGGUAUCUUUUAGCAUUUAGCUGAGCGUUCUAUUUUUUCACAUAAUAUUAACCGGUAAUAACCAGGCAUAGGAUUAUCGUUCCGCAGUGUAAUACCUUAUUAGGGAGUCCCUGUAUGCUCCCUAUUAUUGCAAAAGUGUGCAGGACGAAAUUUGUACAUAAUAGUUUCUAGAAAUUGUUUCAUAAAACAGCCGUAAAACGGGCUUUCAUAAACAGCCGUAAAACGAGUCUGGUACCUCUUUUCGAGGUAUUCGGUCUCGCUUCACGUCGAAUGCAAAAUGUUGGGACAGGUAGUCGAUCCCUUGAAUGUUUAACAUUGAGAAGGAAAGCAACUGAGUUGAACCUACAAUAUGAGUUCGUUUGUAUGACCUCUGACAUUUUCUCCCCCCCCCCACCCCGAGCACAAACAAAAUGAUCGUAGCUUCUAUCAUCAGUACUCUGCAUGUAGGCCUAUGAUAUGAGGUACAUCCAAAGAAGACAUGUAUGUGGAGCAACCAAUGUUUAGAAAAAGGUGAGCUGGAAAAACAUCAAGCUACCCAUACUGGAAGUCAUUGGAUGAAUUUGUGUGCAAUGUUGGUAAUCAAAUACAGGGUCUGACAUCAAAGAAAAACCAUGCUAUGUUGGUAACACCUUUCAAUUAGGUUAAACCGACAUCACCGUGUCCUCACUGGAGAAGGAGCAAUAGUUUGUGACAGUUGCAGACAUCUUUAAAGCAAAUUUUGACUGACCAUAACUGAACCCACAGUAAAGGAGAAACUAUCUACUUAUGGUUUUUUGGAGAAGAAGAAACUGUCCUUUAAGUGACCAUAUCCAAGUGUGUCAUUCGUUGGCAUAUUUGGCAACGAAGUACUGUGCAUCAUGCAAAUAAUUCUGGACUUUUGAAAUAUUUCUUGGGGGAGCAUAACUGCAAGAUUUAUUUUUCAAUUACUUAUUUUUGUAAAUAGUAAACAAUCAUACCAGUAAACGUUAAAAUUGUCUAUUUACCAAUAUGAAUUCUGAAAGUAACCAAAUUGAAUUUGUCUGUGACUUGAGUCACCAACGAGUCCACACUGACACAAAACCAUUUCUUUGUGACUUAUGUGGAAAAGCCUUCCCACAAAAACUCCUCCUGGUCGAGCACAAGUGUGUCCACACUGGAGAGCACACUGGAGAAAGGCCAUUUGUUUGUGACAUUUGUGGAAAAGCAUUUUCAAAAAAAACCUGCCUGACAAUUCAUAUGUGUGUCCACACUGGAGAGAAACCAUUUGCUUGUGACAUUUGUGGAAUUUCUUUUUCUCAAAAAUUCCGUGUAAGGUGGCACCAGAGAGUGCACACUGGAGAAAAACCAUUUGUUUGUGAUAUUUGUGGAAAAGCAUUUUCUCAAAGUGGCUCUCUGAAUCGUCACCAGAAAGUACACACUGGAGAGAAACCAUUUGUUUGUGACAUUUGCGGAAAAGCAUGUGCUCUUAAAGCCAAUUUAAUAAGUCACAAAAGACUCCACAAUGAUGAGAAACCAUUCAUUUGUGACUUUUGUGGAAAAGUCUUGAAAUCACGAACGAAAUUUGACAAACACACAUGUGUCCAAGCUGUAGAGAAACCAUUUGCUUGUGAUAUCUGCGGAAAAGCGUUUUCUCGAAAAAACAGUCUGAAUCUUCACCAAAGAGUACACACUGGAGAGAAACCAUUUGUUUGUGACAUUUGCGGAAAAGCAUGUGCUCUUAAAGGCAAUUUAAAAAGUCACCAAAGACUCCACACUGGAGAGAAACCAUUCAUUUGUGACUUUUGUGGAAAGUGUUUUGCUCAGAAGUACGCUCUUAAGAGUCAUCGCCAAACUCACGUUGAGGAAAAAACUCACAGGGAGAAACCAUUUGUUUGUGAUAAUUGUGGAAAAGUCUUGAAAUCACAAAAGAAAUUUGACAAACACAAAUGUGUCCACUCUGCUGUAGAGAAACCAUUUGCUUGUGACAUUUGUGGAAUUUCUUUUUCUCAAAAAUUCCGUGUAAGGUGGCACCAGAGAGUGCACACUGGAGAAAAACCAUUUGUUUGUGAUGUUUGUGGAAAAGCAUUUUCUCAAAGUGGCUCUCUCAAUCGUCACAAAAGACUCCACAAUGAUGAUAAACCAUUCAUUUGUGAUUUUUGUGGAAAGUGUUUUGCUCAUAAGUACAAUCUCAAGUGCCAUCACCAAACUCACGUUGAGGAAAAAACUCACAGAGAGAAACCAUUUUUUUGGUGAUAUUUGUGGAAAAGUCUUGAAAUCUAAAAAGAAAUUUUACAAACACAAAUGUGUCCACCCUGUCGGGAGCCAUUUGUUUGUGACGAAGUUUCAGAGAAGCAGUUUAAGUAUUCACCAACUAUUCCACAUUUUUAGGAAACCAUUUGGUUUGAGAUAUUUUGUGGAAAAACUUUCUCACACAACAUUCAGCGGGUCCACACUGGAUGGAAAUGGACUAUGAGCUAACCCUCAUUCAGCUCAUAGACAGGCAUUUUUGUUAUUGACUAACGCUUGCCUGGCGGUCGGGGAACCAUACAUACGAAAAAAAUCAAGCUGCUACAUCAAUGGAUGAUGUCAUCGUCAGCCAAUCACCGUGCAGGAAAACCAUGCCGUUUAAUGGUUGAUUUCUUUCGUAACAUUGGUUUUGGAUUACCGUUGAAAAUCGCUGUAUCCUGACUGGACUAGGUACGAUCCGGUCUUGCAUUUACAGGAAGAAUAUUAAAUAAUCUAUCCAUGUAUACUAUUUUUUGACUGUUGCUGACAUUCAUAACGGGAUAAUCUGUCGUGUUUUUGUGACUUGUUUUCUUUCUUUUUGAAGCAAUUUGUUACGUAC